AGUACUGCGAGAGAGUGUACCGGAGUGGCGUGAGAGUGGCGUGAGAGGCCAGAUGAGCGGUUUUCUCAUGCCGGAAUGAGGGCGCAGUGUCAUGUAAGGCAGCAACGUGACGUGUUAUUGGUGGGAGGUUGAAAUAGACUAGAGGAAUGUGGAUUUCCCAGCCCUUAAAGCCGCUGAGAGAAGCAGUACACCACAUUAGCGAGCGUCCCUGUCCGCGGCGUGCGUGAGAGGAGCAGCCGUCCUCGCACAGCCCGUCACCAGGGAGACGGACACUUUCCCGCCCGGCCUCGCCUCGCGGCGGCGCUAGCCUCACGAGCGGCCAGUUUCCGGCAGCGCGUGAACGCGCCAUCCGUCAAGUGGAGCGGAUUGAAAGUUGUCGUCAACAACGCGCCAGUCGGCCGCUCGGGAAGUGGGACGCCAGCAGCCCGGAUCGUCUUUUUAUCGUCCAACUUCAAGUGCGACAGGCAGGCGGAGAGAUGCCGCUCCUUCACAGAAAGCCCUUCGCCAGGCAGAAGCCCCCGGCGGAUCUGAGUCCGGACGAGGAGGUCUUCCUCUGCAAGAUCACCCAGGAGAUCUUCCGCACAUACGAUGAGUUCUUUGAGCGAACCAUCCUGUGUAACAGUUUGGUGUGGAGCUGUGCACUGACUGGUAAAGCUGGCCUCACCUACCUCGAAGCUGUGGAGAGUGAGAAACGGGCCCGACAGAGCUUGCAGAACUUCCCAUCAGCGCUGGUUCUGCCGCUGCUUCACCUGGUGGCCCUGACUCACCGCUGCAGGCUGACAGAGCUCUGUGAGGACAUAUACACCUUCGUCAAAGACCGCUUCUUCCCAGGGGAGAUGGUGGACGUUGCUGGUCGCAGUGGAGCCAGACAGGGGUGUGAGAUCUUAGAGGUACAGUCUCCUAAUUCCAACUCAAAUGGAGCACAGGUCCUUAAUGGCCACACCAAGUCACCAGCAGGGGGUGACACAAUCGUCAUCAGCGACAGCGAUGAAGACAGCAGCCCCCUGCACCCCCCCAGAGCACAGGUCAACGGGAAGAAGAAGUCUCUGAAUCCAUCAGCGUUUCGAUACAAAGUGAGGAUGCUGAAGGCCGAAGGCAGCAAGCCCUUCAUAGUCAAGGCAGCUCAGAUCAGUCGAAAGAAGAAUGUCUUGUCAAGGGAGAGACUGAAGCUGCUGUUCAAACAACACUGUGAACCUCAGUUUGGAACCAUUGCACUCAAGCCAUCUACUGUAGUUAAAUACAACCUGGUAGAAACCACCUUCUCCCAUUUCUUCCCUGAUGAGCCCCCCCACUUCCCCUGCAGCCCCCCCGCUAAGGGGCGGGGCAAUUGGCCUGAAGAUGGCGCACCUGGACAGCUGAGCUCCUCUGUGCUGAAGGCAUCAGAGGAAAAGUUGAAGUUGAUGCAGCAGAAGGAUGAGAUGAUUGCCGUUGUCCAGAAGGCCAAGCUGAAGAGGGAGAAGGAAGAUGCCGUGCAGAUCAAGAGGAGAGAAAAAGAGGACAAGGAGCGGCUGAAGGAAGAGCACAAGAAAAGGUUUGAGGAGGAGAAACAGAAGAGGAAGGAAGAAAAGGAGCGUAUUAAGCAGGAGAAGGAGAGGGAGAGAGAGAAGCUGAAAGAAGAGAAGAAGAAAUACGCUGAGCGACUGAAGCUCUGGAACAAACCCAGAGAGGACAUGGAGUGUGAUGACCUCAAAGAGCUGCCCUGCCCAGCACCGGUCCAAACCCGCCUGCCAGCCAACUUGUUUGGAGACGCCCUCAUGGUGCUGGAGUUCCUGCGUGCAUUUGGAGACCUGUUUGACCUGAAGGAUGAAUUCCCUGAGGGUCUUUCUUUGGAGGUUCUGGAAGAAGCAUUGGUUGGUUGUGACCCGGAGGGCCCGCUCUGUGAGCUGCUCUUCUUCUUCCUGACAGCCAUUUUCCUGGCUCAGGCUGAAGAACAGGAGGAGGUUGCUAAAGAGCAGUUGGCUGAAGAACUGUCUGAGGUUCUGGAUGAUGACACUGACCCAACCCAGUCUGCAAUCAGCGCUGUGGCCUCGCUGGCUGCUGCCUGGCCGCAACUCCACCAGGGCUGCAGUCUGAAGCAGUUGGAUCUUGACAGCUGUACUCUGUCAGAGAUCCUGCGUCUUCACAUCCUGGCAUCAGGUGCUGAUUGUAACCACAGCAACGCAAAGUUCCGCUACCAGAAGCAGGGCGGGUUCGUGUUGACUGAUGACCCCUGUGUGGAGCUGCGAUUGGAGGAUCCUGCACUGCUGAAGAAACUUACAAGUACCACUGUGUACGACCUGAACCCAGAGGACAAGCUGAAGAUUCUCCAUGCCCUGUGUGGGAAGCUGCUGACUCUGGUAGCAACUAGAGAACUGAUAGAAGACAGCGCUGAAGAGCAGAGAGCCGCCAGACAUGAACUCCGAGAUAUCAAGGCUGAACAACACCGCAGAGAGAGAGAGGAAGCAGCACACAGAGUUCGCCUGCGCAAGGAGGAGAAGCUGAGGGAGCAGGAGCUCCGUCUGAAGGAGAAGGUGAAGGAGCAGCAGGGAAGUAGUACUAAGGACAUCUGCAUGAGCCCUGAGAUUCGCCAGGAGCUUGGCACUGAGGAUGAGGAGCAGAGCUCUAAUGGGAAGAAAGAUAAAAACAACCACAGUUCCUCCGUCCCCCCCGCCAGCCUCACCGCCGAGGAACUGAAGAGAGAACAGGACAAGGUUCGCGAGCUCCAGGAGCGGAUCCAGAAGGUGGCAGCCUGUACCUACAUCCUCCCUCUGGGCCGGGACCGGCUCUACAGGCGCUACUGGCUCUUCCCCUCCACCUGCGCUUUAUUUGUAGAGGAAGAUUAUUUUGGUCUGACAGAGGACAUGCUCCUCCCCCAGCCUGCUGUUCCUCAGGAGGUCAGCAUGGAGGAGGACACCGGAGAGAGUGUCCGUGCCAGUGCCACCCCCGUCCACGCCGGCAGCAUGCCAGUCAACCGACCCAACCGAUGGGCUUUCUUUAGCUCCGCGGCAGAGGUGGAGCAGCUUAUAGAAGCAUUGAACCCAAGAGGUCACAGAGAGAACGCCCUGAAGGAAGCGCUGUUACUGGAGAGGGAUCGCAUCCAGCAGCUUCUCAACAACACAGCUGUCCAGAAGUACAACCAUCAAGGUCAAACCUCCGCCUCCAGCCCACAGACAUCUGCCGCCGCUGAGAGCUUCAUGGAGACCAGGCUGCGAGACCUCCUGCUUGACGUGGAGGACAGGAUUUAUCAGGGGACACUGGGGACACUCAAGGUGAUGGACAGGGCUGAAUGGAGGGAAGCAUUAGAAGGAGGUCACUAUGAGUUGCUGUCUGCUGAGGGGAGAGAGAAUGGAGGACUGGAGCAGAUGGAGACAGACGCCACUCAAUUGAGAGCCAAAGACAGGCUGCAGGAGCUGAAGGGGGAGCGAGUCGGUCUGGCUCUGGCGGGGAGUGGCUGUGGGACGCCGCAGGCAGUCAGCAGCACUGUGCGCUGCCUGGCUCAGGCCCUCGGCCAUGUUGAGCAAGGCAUCGAGAGGAAGUUCCUGAAGCCUCCACUGGGUGAUGAAGAGUCCAAAAAAGACCAAAAACACAAGAAAAGCAAAAAGAGAGAAGACGACCAGAUGAGCGACGCUGACAGUGACAGUGGCCGUGUUUGUAAGACUGUGUUGGAGAGAUGGCGAGAGUCUCUACUGGCCUGCACCAGUCUGUCUCAGGUGUUUGUCCACUUGUCCACCUUGGAGAAGAGUGUGAUCUGGGCCAAGUCUCUGCUCAAUACCCGCUGCAAGAUCUGCCGCAAAAAGGGAGAUGCAGACAACAUGCUGCUGUGUGACGGGUGUGACAGAGGACACCACACACACUGUCUGAGACCACGGCUGAAGGCCGUACCAGUGGGAGACUGGUUCUGUCCAGAGUGUCGUCCCAAACAGAGAUCUAGACGCCUGUCCUCUCACCAGCACUCCUCCGUCAACUCGGAGGAGGAAAAUUCAGAAGCGGAGAAGCAAACAGUGAGGAAGAGCCAAACACUGGUUAAAGUGCUGCCCCGCAGCCAACAGGCCACACCCAAGAAUCCCUCUGGCUCUACUGGGAAGACCCCAUCAGCCUCCAAGUCCUCAGGGAAGAAGGCCCCGCCCUCAUUAAAGACUACUCCGGUGUCCACCAGCAAAGCCCCUCCCCGUGCAGGGAGUCGAACUAGUGCCCGUCUGAGCCACGAGGUCGCCACCAGCAGCAGCAAGAUGCCACCAGCUCCAACUGACACACGCAAGAGACCGCUGGAAGCAGAGGAUACUCCAUCUCCCAUGCUCUCCAAACCCGUUCUGCCCAUCUUCACCCCAUCCUCCGCCUCCUCCUCCUCCUCCUGCUCCUCCACCCGACGCUCAUCAGGGCGUAACCAGGGCGUCCAUGAGCUGUCGGCCUGUGAGCAGCUGACUGUGGAACUGGUGCGACACCAAGACAGCUGGCCUUUCAUGAAACUGGUGUCCAGAACACAGGUUCCUGAUUACUAUGACAUCAUUAAGAAGCCCAUGGCUCUGAGCACCAUCAGAGAGAAGGUCAACAACUGUGAAUACAAGAAAGCAGCGGAGUUCAUUGAGGAUGUGGACUUGAUGUUCUCUAACUGUCUGCAGUAUAAUCCUCGCCACACCAACGAGGCCAAAGCUGGCCAGCGUCUUCAGACCUUCUUCCACAGUGAGCUCAGCAAGCUGGGCCUUGGAGUGUGCAACCCCUCCCUCCCCAAACGCUCCAGGCUUUAAAUCAAACAAACCCACCUCAGCUCAGCUUGUCUGAGCAUGUGCAGCAUUCUGGAUUUUUAUUUUUAUUUUUUAUUUUUUGUCUGUAGUAAGAAAUUGACAUUAUGUGGUUUGUCUGGACCUUAAGGGCUCUGAUGACAUCAUCAAUUCAGCUGGAUUCUGAUUGGUCCAGGGACAGCAAAUGGGGAGACUAGAGGAUGCUGUCCAAAUCAAGUUUUUGUUUUGUUUUUUUGCUUUUUCUCCCCAGUUGUAUCCGGCCAAUUACCCCACUCUUCCCAGCCGUCCCGGUCUCUGCUGCACCCCCUCUGCCGAUCCGGGCAGGACUGCAGACUACCACAUGCCUCCUCCCAUACAUGUGGAGUCACCAGCUGCUUCUUUUCACCUGACAGUGAGGAGUUUCACCAGGGGGAUGUAGCGUGUGGAAGGAUCACGCUAUUCCCCCUAGUUCCCCCUCCCCCCUGAACAGGCGCCCCGACCGACCAGAGGAGGUGCUAGUGCAGCGAUCAGGACACAUACCCACAUCCGGCUUCCCACCUGCAGACACUGCCAAUUGUUUCUGUAGGGAUGCCCGACAAAGCCAGACGUGACACGAGGAUUCAAACCGGUGAUCUCGUGUUGGCAGGCAACAGAAUAGACCGCCAUGCUACCUUGACGCCUCCAAAUCAAGUUAUUUGAUGGUUUUGAAUUGGUCCUUUAAAGUCAGCAGAGCCCUGGAACCUGACAACAAAAUGAUAGAAGUUUCCUCUUACAAAAAUGAUUUAAAAGACCAGGGCUCAUUAACCGCUCUCAUAAAUGACCAUGGAAAGCUGAAGUGAUAAAUAGAAAAAACUGAUAAAUGUUGGAGUUUCUCAAGGAGGUUUCAUCUCAUCUGUCUGGAUUAGACAGUCGUGUCAUCGAGGUUUUCCUCCUGACCGGGUUACUUCGCUGUUGUCUUUGGCUGAAGGCGUGUUCUAGGGCGAAGUCACCUGGAGAUGUGGUCGGUUGGAAGGAGAACCUUUGUGGCAGAUGGCUUUUUAUGUCUAACUUAGUAAGGCCCCUAGCUUCUCUAAGCCCAACAGUUUAAGGCCUUUCUCUAAACCAGCUUUCUGGGCCAUGCUAGAAUUUUCUGCAGUCCUUUGGGUCAAUAAAGAUGUCAGCCCAGUUUUUCUUCAUGUGGCUGUGCUUCACUUUAGGGGAACAGCCAACUUCUCAGAAAACGAAUAUUGCAUUGCAAAGUUUAAGUCCAGAUAAUGUUAAUUUGGUUAUUUUAGGACCUUACUUUCAAAGUGAAAAUCCAUUAAAUGCUGUUUAAGUUGGUAGCUAUGAUAGGGCUCUAACAGUUCUGCUGAUGUAGUCCCCUCAGUAUUAUGUAGCAUGUUAAACGGACAUUCCUGUGGUGCUCCUUAAUCCUGGUGCUGAACAGACGAGCUGGAGGACGAGACGACAGACUCUGGACGUUCUGCUUGACUUCUUGAAGUCUGAACUCAGCUGACACGGAGGACACAAGUACAUUUGAAAACCUCACCAUCCAUCGUCCAUGCUGAGUCCACGCUGACUCUGGAAGAUUUGAAAUGUUCCCGGGGAGAAAAUGGUUGCCUGAUUUCCCAGAACUGUAAAACCACUAAGAGACUAAGCGCGCAGUCGCUUUGCACUGAACAUGUUUGGGGAAAGUCAAGCUUUUUGUAUUUGCUCAGGGAACAGCGCAGUCACUCGUGUUAUCAAAGACUACUGCAACCAAUAAUACUACUACGUUUAA